AUAAACAUCUCAAUUGGCAACCACAGAUACAACAUGUAAAUAAUAAAUAAGCUAAAAAUUUAGGAAUCCUUUCAAAACUAAGAUAUUACAUAGAUCUGAAUAUACUGAAACAAAUUUGUUAUGCUUUAAUGUGCCAGCACCUUCGAACCAUCUUCUUUGCACAUCCUAAAGAGAGGGCUGCUCCGUAUUCUAAACUCCUAACUAUCCUUAAAUUAGAUAAGAUAUAUGUUAUAAUA